CACACACACACACAUCUAUUCGUACGACGCAUAAAAACGUACGCGGGGAAGAUUGAGAACUUUGCUAUAUGCAUCUGUGAUGCUUUAAUAAAUUGAUUUUGAAUGCAAAAAAUGUUAGUACUUCUUUUUUAUCUGUUUUUAAUAAUAAUUUUGUUUUUGUCCUCAAUAUUAAAAUAUAAUACGAAAAAUAUAAUACAAAAAAAUAUAGCACAAUCGAUUUUUAAAUUCUUGAUUCCUCGUCAUUCUUGUUUGAUGACGUCAGAAAGAAGGAAAUUCAUGGCCAAAAUUUUUAUAAAAUACGUCAAAAUAUAAAGAUAUAUUCAAAAAAUGACACCUACAAUUGCUUAAACAUUUUUUCUAAAAUACUCCGAACAAUUUGUCCGAACAAUUAAUAAAUAACGAUAAAAGUAACGUGACAAAAUAAUAAAGAAAUGCAUAUUAAAAAGGAAGAUUGCAUAUCACUUUAAUUUUAUUAUUCAUUCUAAUUAUUAUUAGAAAUGGUUAUAUAUUGAUUAUUAGAGCAAAAGGAAAGUAUUCGCAGAAAUUUGGAGGUGUGCGUAAUCGAUUGCAAGUAUAAUUUAUUUAGAUGUCUUUUUAUUUCGACGUAUUUUGCAGGAGUUUUGGACAGAUUUGCUUGCUUUUGACAUUAUAAAUUAAGAUAGACGUAGCCAAGAGCCUUAAAAUGAAAAGUUCAUUGACACACAGUUAAUACAGAAUCGAAUUGUAGUUGUUUAUACUAUUUUUUGUUUUGUUUAUAACUGCAAAAUUUAUAUAUAUAUAUAUAUAUAUAUAUAUAUAAUCGUUUAGACAACUGAGUAACAACAAAACUAAUAUUUUACCUUAAAUCUAUUAAUUAUUUAGAAUCGUUUGUUUUGUUUUAUUUGUAGUUAAGUCGUUUAAAAGUUACAAGCAAAAGUUUAGACGAAUCUCAUAUACUGUAUGGUUUCGCGUGUUAAUCUUUCUUCAGAUAUCUUAAAUUCGCUCAUAUUAUAUAAAAUCGUCUAUGCAUAUAUAUAGUAUUUAUUUCAUUUUCCAAGUUAUUUCAAACUACUAUAACUUUUAUGUGUAUAUAAGAAAGUAUCAUUAAUGAUUUUAUAUCGACAUGUAUCAAUGGAUAUUUUUCUCAAAAGAGACCCUACAUCAUUCUCAUGGAAAAUUAUCUUUCUGCACAUUUGGUUAAUUUUUUAAUAUAUUGUAAUUUUUAUUAUUCUAAACAGAUGUCUUAAUGGACAUAAUUUGAUCUUAUAAGCCGUUUCCGCACUACAAGCCCUAGAAGAUUUAACAUGUAAAAAUACAUAUAAAUAUAUGUAAAAAUAUAGAUAUUUUCAACUCGAUAUACAGAGUGUCUUAGACCACUAUGAUCACACUUUGCGAGAACGUAGAACGGAUUAAGAUGAGCAAAAAGUCCCAUGCUGUUUUGCGAUAUUCGUAAUAGUUUUCGAGAAAUUAAUUAUUUUGUCUGACAUAAUGAGAGCACGGGAAACGCCAGCCGAAAAAAAAUGUCUUCGGCCGGCGCGCGACUAUGAUACUCGCGACUUGCGGCUCGCUGCGUCCCUCCGCCCAUAGCUACAAGAUGCAGCAAAGCUUAAUACACUGACACAUGUGCAUGACAUAUCCGUGUGCCGAAUCGACACCGAAUCGAAGCGUGUGUCGCUCCGGAUGCAUACGUGUAUGUAGAGGUGAAACAGCGAAACGGCAACACACUCUUAGAUUCAGCGUCGAUUUGACACACAGAUAUAUCAUGCACAUGUGUUAGUGUAUUAAGCUUUGCUGUGUCUCGUAACUAUGGGCGGAGGAAUGCAGCAAGUCGCGAUUUGGAUGUAUUAUGAUUUGGAUCGCGCGCCGAUCGAAGACAUCUUUCUUUCAGCUGCCGAUUCCCGUGCUCUCACUAUCUCAAACAAAAUAAUUAAUUUCUCGAAAACUAUUGCGAAUAUCGCAAAAAAUAUCGCACAGGAUUUUCUUGCUCACCUCAAUCCUCAAUUCUAUGUUCUCGUAAAAUGUGAUCAUGGUAGUCCUAGGACACCCUGUAUAUAACCCUCGGUCGAAUGCGUGUAUAUGUGUGUGUGUGUAUGUGUGUGCGUGUAUAUGUGUGUGCGCAUGUGUGCGUGCGUAUCGUAUGCCUGUGCGCGCGUGUAUUGUGUGUAUAUGUGCAUACGUGCACGUGUAUGUUAAUUAAUAACAUUAUCACUUAUCACUGAGUGUUGGGUCGUUUAUAUUUUGCUGCAGUGGUCUCUGACUAGCAUCUAAUGAAGUAGAUAUGCAUCAGGAUAUCGUAUAUUUGGUUGGUGUCUUCUGUUUUCCAAAAACCAGAUUACGCUUACUACAUAUACACAGUAUCCAACAAUUUUUUAUUUCGAUUAGCAAAUACAGUAAUAUCCAAAAAUAUAGUCAUCAAUAAUAUUAUCGUUUCCAACACAUCUCCAACACAGUUGCACGCUAGUUAUAAUUUAUAUGUUGUCACAUUUCGAAAACGUGAAUAUUCAAUCUCACUUUCAAGAAACAUUCAUUAGUGAGCAUAUCUAUAUGAAAUUCUUUGUCUUUACAAGAGUGACGAACUAUGAAGUCCUUAUCUGAUGUGAUACAUACGCACAGAAAAAGAGAGAAGGGAGAGGGGGAGAGGGAGAAAGAGAGAAAGAAGAAGAGGGAGAGGGAGGGGAGAGGAAAAGAGAAAAAGAGAGAGAGAUACAUAAUGUAUGCACAUUUGACCGAAGAUCAUAUAUGUUGAGUUUAAAAACCUAUACUUUUAUAUGUUUAAUCUGGACCAAGACUUGUAGCGCCGAAACGGCUCAUAGUAUCAAGUUGUGCCCAUUGAGACAUUUGUUCAGAAUGACGAGAACUAUAACAUAUUAAAAAAUUAGACUUCUACUCCGCAGAAGAAAACAUUUUCCCAUAAGUACGGUGCAGGAUUCUUUGAAUGCUAAUUAUUUUUCAUAUCGUAUCUUCUAACGGUUAGAAAUAUAAACCAAAUUCUUAUUUUUACAAAUAAUUCUUAUUUCUACAAUUAGAUUUUUUAUUAGAUUUUUUACUAUAGAAGGAGGAGGGCGUACUAAGUGGCGGCGGGACGCCGUGUGUUCGAGAUCUGCGUAUCUACAAAUAACUACAAAUGAAAUACUAACAUUUUCCUAUUAAACAGUUAAUUUUCCUAUAAUCGAAUUCUAAAUUGACGUAGAUAAUACCGUAUGCGAAAUCAAUUUUUAUCAAUUUUUUCCUAGAAUUUUGUAUAGAAAAAAAAAUAAGAAAAUUCGUCGAUCGUCGUAUAACAAAUAGAAAUCUACAUAUAUCAGACGUCAUAUAUGUUCUAAUAUUAUAAUUAGAUUUUUUGUAUGAUCUUACGCGUUGUAUCUGCAUAUCUCUAUUUAAAAUAAUGGAUAUAAGACGAUAAGAUUAUAUUAUGUUCAGUUUGAGUUUUAAUAUAAAUCAAUUUUUAUCUUAUUGAUUCGCACUGUUUUAGAUUGAAAUUUAGGCUCAUAAAGUUUAGCCUAUAAGUUAGCCCUUUAUAUUAUCGGGUUUUGACUUUAUCUAUCAUUUUAAACACAGGAAUAAACAAAAGUUUGAAAAUUAUAAAAACUCGUAAAUAGAAUAAGCAUCAAAGUAUAUGACAUCUAGUAUAGAUGUAAAAAUUCGUGUAAAAAUUGUCGAUAUCGAUUUUCGUUUGGUUGCGGAACAUAGAAGAUAAAUACUGUGGGAAACCAACGAGGAAGAACAAAAUUUGGAGGAGGACAGUGAAAUGCUGCAGACGAUGCCACGCAUACCUGUCGCGGGGGUGCGAAGAAGAUGGGGUAACAAACUCUCUAUGAAUCUUCAAGAAUCCAGUUCGGAAGUGUCCAGCAGUGAUACAUUUUCACCAAGCUAUCAAGCGAACAUGGGCGUUGUGAUGCGUGAAAAUGAUCUUCAACUUUGGGACUUGGAUCUUCAUCGAGGUUUAAGGACGCAAUCAGAUACUGACCGCUAUCGUACUACUAGUACUACGGAAUUGUCCAGCAGCGAUCAUCCAGAUUCACCUUUCCCUGCCACAAUUCAAGGUAGGGACGAACUAUCUCAGCCAAGUUCGUUAAACGGCUAUGGAAGUAAUUCCGGUGGAGGUGGAAACGGCAGUGGCAAUGGCAACAAUAAUUGUAAUAGUAAUAGCAACAACAAUAGCAACAACAAUGGCGGCGGUGGCAAUGGCAGUGCCGGUGGUGGAGGUGGUAGCAGCAAUAGCGAAGGAUGCGAUGCGAAGAAAAAAAAAGGACCUACACCCCGUCAACAAGAAGAACUGUGUCUUGUUUGCGGCGAUCGUGCAUCUGGUUAUCACUACAACGCUCUCACUUGCGAAGGUUGUAAAGGUUUCUUCAGACGUAGUAUCACCAGAAACGCCGUAUACCAGUGCAAGUAUGGCAACAACUGCGAAAUCGACAUGUACAUGCGUCGUAAAUGCCAGGAAUGUAGGCUGAAGAAGUGCCUGACGGUUGGCAUGAGGCCGGAAUGCGUUGUGCCCGAAUACCAAUGUGCGGUAAAGAGAAAGGAAAAGAAAGCACAGAAGGAAAAGGAUAAGCCGAAUAGUACAACUAUGAACGGUUCACCAGGUAGUGCCGGAAUGGGUGACCAAAUGAGUGUUAAAAUCGAGCCAGCGGAAGCCGAAUCAUUGUCCAUGUCUGGAAGUAGUGGUAUUCUCACACCCGUUAGUCCUUAUGCUUGUGUGAAACCGCCGACGCCUACGCCUAUCAGUCCAGAACAGGACGAACUGAUAAACAGGCUGGUAUCUUUCCAAUGCCAGUUCGAGCAACCGAGCGAGGAGGACUUAAAAAGAAUUACCAAUCAACCAAUGGAAGGCGAAGACCCCAGUGACUAUAGUUUCAGGCACAUCACCGAAAUCACGAUCUUAACCGUUCAACUAAUAGUUGAGUUUUCAAAAAGGUUACCCGGCUUCAACGAGUUAAUGCGCGAGGAUCAGAUCACUUUAUUGAAGGCAUGCUCCAGCGAAGUAAUGAUGUUGCGAAUGGCAAGAAAAUAUGAUGUGCAAACUGAUAGCAUAAUUUUCGCGAAUAAUCAACCAUACACACGCGACAGCUAUAACGUAGCUGGGAUGGGUGAUACUAUCGAGGAUCUUUUACGAUUCUGCCGGCAAAUGUACGCUAUGAAGGUCAAUAAUGCUGAGUACGCUUUGCUCACCGCCAUCGUCAUUUUUUCAGAGAGACCCAAUCUAGUGGAAAGUAAAAAAGUAGAGAAACUUCAGGAAAUCUAUUUGAAGACAUUGAAAGCGUAUGUGGAUAAUCGUCGUAGACCAAAAUCUGGCACAAUCUUCGCGAAGCUUCUUUCGGUUCUAACCGAACUUAGAACCCUCGGGAAUCAAAAUAGUCAGAUGUGCUUGAACCUGAAAUUUAAGAAUAAGAAGCUGCCAGUUUUCCUCGCCGAAAUCUGGGAUGUGGUGCCCUAGUUUCCCAGUCGCCGAUCAACGGCGAUUGCGCCGGUCGGCUGAAAAAGCUCGUCGAUGUCGCGAUAGCAGCAGCAGCAGCAUCAGCAGCAGCAGCAGCAGCAGCAGCAGCAGCAGCAGCAGCAACGGCGUCGAUAGACGCAUGGACGUGGAAAACGGCCUGCGCAACUUUCGUACGCAACUAGUGCACCACUAUGCCACUGCCUCACCGUCAACAUAUUGUAUCAGACUCCGUUUUAGAUUCAUUACAGACAUUAGUUGAUUCUUGACGAUCAACUGUUUCUAGGGUUGACACUCUAGAUGAAUUGAUCUUUAUACAGUUUGUAAAGACAAAUAUAAGUAAGCCGUUCUCACACUGUUCGCAUACAUGACGCGAUACAGAUAUAUUCACUGUUAAAAAAUACGGAGACAAAAUUGUAUUAAAGGGUGAUCGAAAAUUUGUUAAAGUGACGGAUAAUAAGAUCUGUUUAAUUACGACGUAUUAAGGAUACGCGAUCGAUAUCUAUGAUAAAGGAUCGCGGUACCAAAGAUCCAUAUGGUGUCAUUGAUAUACAAAAUGAGACUUCGAAGGAUGGAGGCUUUAUGUUACCAAAGAUCCAUGGCACAAAACACGUGAUAUCAGAUUUUUACAAUCCGUGAAACGUCCACGGACUUAUGAAGCCACCUAUAAAAUUUAGAAUCUCUGCAUUUUAAUAUUUAUCUAUCGGAAAUAAUUUAAAUUCAAACAGUCAUUUUUAUUUUAAUGAUGUCAGAUUGUGGGAUUUCUCACACACGCAAACUAGCGAAAGGAUCAUGGACUUAUCGUAUGCGCGCUUCAGUGAUGUAUGUAUAUGGAUGGUAUGAUCGCGAGAAAAGAAUAUAAAAUAUUAAAACAAGUAAUAUAAACGUUCUGUAUCGUUCUGUAUCGUAUAAACUGUAUCGAAUAAAGUAAGAAUAGAUGAAUAGAGUAAAUAAAGUGCAUGUGUGCGAAAAAUCACAUUGUCUGACAUCACUAAUUUACUUUGGUUCACAGGUAAUUAUAUGCUCUUUUGUUUAUAAACUUACGAAUAUUCGAUCGCUCGCAUUAACAGUCUCGCGCGAACCAUGUGAGGCCGGCUCGAGAACAAGAACGAAAAAAAGAAAGAACUCUGCAUGUUGGAAAAAAACGCAGAAAUACGCGUAUUUCAAAUGGAGUUAGUAAAGAAAAUGGUAAACAGGGAUGAACGAUUAUAUACGUUGUAAGAGAAAGGCAGUGGCGCGGCCCAGGCUGUGAUACAUAGAGAACAGUACAGAGCGAAGCUAUAUAAAAAAAGCUAUCUGCAAUUUACAUUUUAUCGCUAUAUCCCUUAUCCGGAUACAUCCUUACACAUACAAUCGAUAUGUAAAUGUAAUGUAUAAUAUGAUAAAACAUUGGUAUAUCAGACACGUCACAUAUGUCAUUUGUGAGAAAACAAAUAGCGACAAGUGCGUUUGGUUUAGCGGUUUUGAGGAAUAGAGGGGGUAGAAAGAUAUAGUGAUACGGUGAAAAUAACUAAAUUGCGAUAAUGACAAAAGAGAAUAAUCUAAGUAAUUGGCAAUAUUGUUACAAGAGGUUUGAAAAUUAAAUUUUUUAAUCACAAAUAAUACAGCAUUCUCCCGUAUUUUGGCUGUAAGAAAAGCGAAAGCGAAUCAAGUCCGCAAGUUGGGCGCUGUUGAGCAGCGUUACAUGAACCGAACAUGAAUUAAGAAAACAAAAAAGAAACAAUAUGCAUAACAAUAUAGAAUCUAUAUCAUACAUACACAUACAGCAUAAUAUAUCUUGCUAGAAUGUACACUGUUUAUAUUAAGAAAGAUAAAAGAAUAUGAGAGUAUGAAAGAUUGGGCGUGUAUGUGCACGCGUGUGUGAGGACGAAAGAAUGGGAGGAAGGGAAGGGGAAGAGUGAGAAAGGUGAAGAAAUAUAAUAGAAAGCUAAACGUCAGAAUGCGUGAGAAUCAGAAGAUUGGAUAAAAUCUACACCGCAGCAGGAUAGCGUUUGAAACUGUGUAUUAGUAUUCUUUCUUAUUAAUACAGACCAUAUGUGGAGAUGUACAGGGCGUCCUCAAAAGAAGGGAAGGGCCGAAGUGAUAGAAUUCUUUUCGCAAAAAUAUAUAUAUUUUUUAAAGGGUACAUAGUAUGCUAUAGUUAGAGCAUAUUGCUUAAACAAUACAUGUUAUAAAACUGAAAUUUUUAGUGCAUAAUGCUUUUCAUUACAAUUGUACACUACACUCUUACUAUUAUUUUAUUUUAUUCUUAUAAAAAUACGGUAUAUUCACAUAAAUGUAUAAAUAAUAUUGGAGAUACGUGCGCACGCAUACACAUGCACGCACGCGCAAGCAUAUUCAUAUACAAAGGUUGUAUCGAAAGCAAUGAUUGUUCUAGUUCGUUGAAAAAUCUAAGGAUUUGCAAAAGAAAAAAAUAUAUAUUAAACAUUUUUAUAAACAUUUCUUCUUUUUCUCCGGGUCAGCCAAUAUGUUUUUAUUAAUGUUUUAAUAAUUUACAACUAUUUUUUUUUAUAGUAGAACUCUAUUUUAGUCACAUAUAGCAAAAUGCAAUGUUCUAUAGCACCUCGUUCCUUUCAUUGUCAAACUUAACUUCAUUUCCACUUGAAUAAUUUUUGUAACAUGUAUUAGAUAUUUUUAAGUAGACACUGCAGGGAAUCGUGCAUCGUUGUCUACGUAUAACCGGAAUAAAUUUUUACUACGAACUUCUUUAAACUAUCAAACCGUUGGCAAAAUUAUAUCGAUUUGUGUGUGAACUAGAGAUAUUGUAAAAAUUAAAGAACAGAUAUAGUAAUAUUGUCUGAUAUGUUUCUUUUUUUACCAAUCCUGAAAUUUUUACAACAAAUUGGCGGACAUGACUUUCGACAGAACCAUUGUAAUAUAUUGAUACUUUUCUUUCCCAAUAUAUAUUCAAUUGAUUUAGAAAUGUUAACUAAUUAUUUGUUUUUAAUAAAUAACAGUAAAAUGUACAGGACGUCCUGCAAAAGUAUGCGAGAAAAUAUAACGAUAUUUAUAAACAAUACUGAUGUCUUUUUUUGGGGCACCCAGUAUAGAACACUUUGAUUAAAUUAUCAUUAAACAGAAAUAUCGGAGAAUACAUAUUUUUUUUAUUAAGAAAAAGAUAUAUUUUAAGUAUAUAGAAUAAGUCAACUUUAAAUUUGUUUAUCGGUUUGAAAAUUGUAAAACUAUUAACACUAUAAUUUUUUUCUAUGUAUCAAUGAGCGCAAUUACAUCAUUAUUUAGCAUCUAUAUGAAGCUACACCUAAAAAAAUUAAUAAUCUGAAAGAAAUAAGGAAUUUACAAAUAGAGGAAUUCAAAAACUCUAGGCUUCAAAAGUAUUCCAUUGUUAUCUGUCUUGCAAUUUUCAAUCAUAUAAAUCAGAAUUUAAAGUUAAUUUCUUCUAUCCGUUAAAUAAUCGAAGAUUAAAUUUUAUAAGAAAAUAAUUAAGAAUGAUGAACGAUAUAGGAUAUGCUUGAAAUGAAUCGAUCACCAUUCAUUCCAUACUAAUGGAAAUACUAAAAGUGAUAGAGCGCGUGCACUGGAAAGAAAGUAAGAACGAAAGGGAGAGGAAAAGAGAGAGGGGGGUGAGAGAGAGAGAGAGAGAUUGUUUAAAACAGCAUUAAAGCCCAGAACGCGCGAAAGUAUGGAAACUUAUUAAAUUAAACUAAUUCUCGAGUGGUUGCAUUUUUCAAAUAAUAAUUGAACAUAUCGAUUACUCUAUUAUUAUUUCUAUUAAAAUAUCUUAUUAACAAAAAACUUAUGUGAAAUAUUAAAAAACAGAUCUCUUUAAUUACAAAUUUUUAUGCGUAUCAUUGGUCACAUAAAAAUGUUUUUAUUCCACCAAAGUAAAAUAUUUACUAGUUAUUUUGUACAUUUUGUGCUUCCACUCGAGAUUUAAACAAAUUUUCAUAAGAACGUGCAGCUAGUUUGGUAGUAGGUUGUAGUUGAGUGAGCUAGGCUAGGUGACCGAGUUCUAGUGCAAAGCCUUGUGCCUUCAGCAGCGGACAUCAGGUCACCGACUUAACAGAAACAAAAAAUAAAGAAAAUACGUGAAAUUUUACCGUCCGUCUUAAUCUUUUAAUGAAAGAGGAAACGAACUCGCUACAAAAACUGUGAACAAAAUUGUGCGAGUUUGCUGCGUUAUUAUUAAAGCGAUGAAGAUAGAGAUAGAGAUAGUGAAAGAGAGAGAAAGAAAGAGAGAGAGAGAGGGGAAGGGGAGGGGCAACGGAAUAGUAAAAAAGAAGAAAGGGGAAGAGCAAGCAUAUAAAAAAUCGAGAAAUUACGGGAGUAAAUUAUUAAGAAUGACUAUAGUUAUAGACUACUUUAAAAAAUUAAUUGUGAAAUGAAGAUUGAGAAAAAUGAGAAAUGAAAUAAAAGUUUAUUAAGAAGUUCUUACAGUUUCAAGAAAACAUAACAGAAGAUACUCUAAAACAUAGUCUUUAAACAUUAUAACUAAGAGAUAAAGAUAACGAAGAAAUCUUGGAUUCCUGGAUCUUUGGAUUUUUAGGCUCCACAUCUAUAAGGUUUUGGAUUUCUAACAUAUAUAAAUUAUUAGAUUCUUGGAUUCCAAGAUUCUUGGACUUUUAAUCCUUUGAGCAGUUAAAUCCUUGAAUUCGCUAAUUAUAAACAUGGAUUUUAGUACUUUGGAUUCUAUAUUCUUAAAUUCGUUAUUCUUAUAUUCACAGUAUUUUUGAAUCAAGAAGAUGAACGCAAAAAAAUUCGUGAAUUUUAAAUUACAUGUUCAAAUAAUCAAUAAUCAUAGAAUAAAUUUCUAUAGUGUAUUAUAAUGUAUAAAUUAAUUUACAUCUAUAUAAUUUAAAUAACAUUGUUGCUUAUGAAUAUUUGAGUCGAAAAGUCCUGAGCCAUUUUUUCCGUAAGGUUUAAUAAAGUUAUAAUUAGUAUCAAUUAUUUUUAAUUUUAUUAAUUAGUAGCAUUAUAAUUAUUUCCAUAUAGACGUAGAAAUUACUUAAAUAACUACAUAUUCGAAAGUGCAUGAAAACAGUAACGAUGAUAGAUUACUAGUUUACAAAGAACCAUUAAUUCACCAGAACAACUAGAUGUGCAAUUUUAUAUAUCAGUCUUCUUUAAAUAAUAACUCUAAAUUUCACAUGAUUAUUUACAAAAUGGUACAGGACUUGUUUGUUCAGUUGGACCUAAUCUACAAUCUACAAGCACACGAAGGAUGAUUAUGUUCAGACAUCCGUUAAAUACUCUGUACAUACAAGAUCGUUAUUUGUAUGUACAGUUAUCUCAGGUAUUUAGAUUCAGAUACCCUAUAGCUCACGAAAUAUGCAUGUCUAAAAGACAUCUUAUCUCAAAUAUCUUUUAAACUUUACCAAAAGAAGUCUUAUAGAUAUCUUGAAGACUUUAUAAAAAAACAUUUUAAAUUCGUCUGUUGUAAAAUAUUUUUAAGACAUUGUGUAACUGUCUAUAUUACUAUGAGAUUUAUGCACACGUUGUAUAACAAAUAUCAUAACAAUUUCUUAGUUUUUGUGAGCAUCGUGUACGAGAAUAUCUGAGUACGGGAAAAAAUCUUAUAAAACUUAUGAAAUUAUUAAUUAUUAAUUAUAUUAAUAAUAUUAAUAUUAAUUAUUAAUAUAAUUAUUAAUUAUUAAUUAAUAAUAUUAGUAUUAAUCAGUUCUUAAUUGUAUUAAUUAAUAAUUAAUUAUUAAUUUGUAUAAUUUAUUAGAGAAAGAGUUUCCAGUUGAAUUAUUGUGUCGAAUAAAAAUCUUUUUUCUUCCAUACAAAUAGUUUUCUUUAGAAUUAUGAUUAGAUUGUGGAUUUAUUCAUCCAUUUGUUCAGGAUUAAUAUUAAGAAUCAAUAGUAGAUAAUAGUGGCAUCUGGCAUAAAUUUUAAAGUUUAAAGCACAUGAUAUAUACUUUUUGGAUAUCACCAUUCUCUGUGUUUUCUCAUCGAUUUCUAAUACUACUCUUGAGCAAAUAAAAUAGAGGGAUAAGCAAAUCCACAAGCUAAUCAUAAUUCUUGACUGACUGCUGCAAAUAAACGAUAUUAAAUAAAACAUUUUAUCCUUUUUAAUGUCUAAUACAUAAUUUAAAAAAUCAGUAGUUGAAUAUAUAUGCAUAAAGGUCUUAAAAUAGUCUUCAACAGGAUGUUUUUAAAAUGUCUUGAUACUAAUAAUGAUGUUUUUCUGAUAAUUUUUUUAGACGUCUUAGGAAUUUUAAGACGUUUUUAAUAUGUCAUAAUGUUGUCUGAGAGAAUGUAUGUAUGAUGUUUAAAUUUAUCUGUCCAACUAUUCACGUACAGAUUAAACUUAAUAGAAAAAUACUCUAUUAUCUCAUUACUCAUUAUUAUCUCAUUAUUAUCUCAAUACUCAUAUACAUUAUUAUCUCAAUAUUCAUUAUAUAAAUCACUAUGGUAAUUAUCAAGAUAUAAUGAAAGAAAAUUGAUCAAUCGAUGCAUGCAAAGCAGUAAGAGGUAGCAGUAGCUUUAGGUUAUAGUAGUGAAGAGAUAUAUCUUGAAUUUAUUUAAUCUCCUAACGACGAUAAAUAUAAAAUGUUUGACGAUUUGAGAAAGCGCUCAUAUAAUAUAGAUUAGGUCAAACUAAACAAAAAAUUUUUCUAUCAUACAAACAACUACGUAAAAUUUAGAAUUAUUAUUUAAGGAAGAUUGAUAAAUGAUCGAAUACGAUACGAUACAGGGUAUGACGGUAAGUACAAUUUCCGUUGUGUGUUUGUAUAUUAAGUGAACAAAAAGUCGUUUACCAUUUUGCAAACUAGGUUUUUAAAUUGUUAAUUAAAAAAGAUUGAUAAACGAUCGUGCGUGAUAAUUGUUGAUCUUCAAUUAAUAACUUAAAAGUUUAUGUGGUUGUUUACAAAAUGGAGGAAUUUUAUGUUUAGUUCGACUUAAUCUACAUAUAUACGAUUUUCGAAUUCUUACCUAUCAGACACUUUAUAUAGACAUUCAGUCUAAAAUUAGGUGUACAACGCGCCGUUCGUUGCUCGCAGCGAUAAUCCGCUUUUCGCUGCCAUCCGAAUUUCACUAUUACUAGAGGACAAUCAACAAACCCUAGACUUGUCUUUUCAACUUGUCUAGACUGUCAUAACUCGUCCCACUGAAUUGCACUGAACUGUAUAGUUCGAUUAGUUUUCUUUCAUUGAUAUCUCAAUAAUUACUAUGAUAAUUCAGAUAAAAUUUAGAUAAAAAUUAAGUUAUAUAGCGACACAUCUAAAUAAUUUCCAGAUAAUAUUUGUAAGACCAUUUAUGUAAAAAAAAUUAUGGAAAAAGUUGCAGUUAAAAGAGAAUAUAAAAAUAUAUUUAUAUUUUUAUUAAUAAAUCUUUCUUACGCAAAAACAACAUUUUUACAUAUGAACUAUUCGAUAAAUGAUUUUUGUGAGAUAUAUUAAUUUUGUUGUCACUUUUUCCUGAUUAUAAAAGAUAAAUAUUUAUUCAAUCUUAAUCUCAAUGUAGUCCGAUAUAGGCUGUACUAAUGCAAAAAUAGUUUUUAAUCACGUAAAAGUAAAUAUUUUAAUAUUUUCUACAUUUACAAAAAUGUAUUCCAAAUUAUUCGGAUGUUAUUCUAGAUAAUUUAGUAAAGAUAAUUGCUUUUUCUACCUGAGAAAUGCAGAUAAAAAUAAUAUAUAUUUUUACUACGUAGAUAAAGAUAAGAUAGCACAAAAAAAUAUUAUCUGGAUAAUCAUUUAUAUAAUUUUACCUAAAUAUGAGCAAACACUGUACUUCGUUUUUUGCUUUCAUCCGACUUCCACCGUUGCUAAAAAAUAGUCAACAAGCCCAAGAUAUGUCUUUUCAAACUGCCUAAAGAAAUUCUUCUAUCGUGUGUAUAUUACACGUGUAUUUUCUUUCAUUAUAUUCGCUUAUCUUCUUUCAUUAGUACCGUAAUAAUCAACGUAGAAGUUUAAAAAAUGAUAUAGGAUUUUUCUAUUCAGUUUAACGAGUACUAUGUACACAUUCGCUCAAACACCUAAAUCUACAUACCAUAUGUAUACAAAGCUACAUUUUACUUAGUAUACAUAAGAAGGAAGAUUUAGUGUUACUUUUUAAAAAUAUCUCGUUACCAUUACUCGUUACCCAUUAACAAAAGUGAUUUGCUCUUAUUGUUAUCCAACAAGUAUAACUAGAUUUCAAUUCCUAUUAUUAUUUUUAUUACGUUUUGAAAUUCUUUAGACGUUUCGCAGUCACCCUAUGUACAUAUAUAACACAUGUUCAUAAAUAAAAUAAUAAUGAAGGUAACAUGAAAGAGGGAGAAAGAGGGAAGAAGAAAAAGGAGAGGAGUAGAUGAGGAAUGGGAUGAAUGGAGGGAAUGGAGAAAAUGGAGAGAGAUAGGAAUGAGUAAGGGGGAAGGAAGAGAGUGUCAUUAAUGAAAAAAGGAAUAACGUCGUUGCCAAGUUGCUAGUCGAAAAAAGGUAACUUGUAACAGCGAAAACUUCACAUACAAUGUAUUAUUUCCCAACACCUGAUCAGUAAUUAUAUUGUUUUAUUAAGCGUCGUGAAAAAGAUGUCUCAAGACUUUGCCAUUGAAAUUUUUAUAAAGAAUAGCGCAGUAAAUAGUGAGUACGUACUACUUUACACUUUUAGUAGUAGACACUUAAUAUAAUCGGUAUUUGAAUAAUCAAUGUUUGGAUUAUUCUAUUCAAUUGUGAGUCUCCUUAUUUCCUGAAUGUAAUCUGAAUCAUAUAUUUACAAGAGGCAAACACUAACUAUCAAAAAACAUCGGCUAAAUAGUAAUAACGUCAUACUACAAAAAACAUUACAAAAAACGAAUAAAAGUUUUUUUAUUUGAUACCUUUUUCGCUAUCCAGUAAACACUAAUUAU